AUGGACAACGACGAUGAGAAUAUGCUUUGUCUUUCUGUAAAUUCAACAGUACAAUCUUAUCCAGCAGCGCAAACAUCAGAAGAUGAUGAAAACUAUGAUAGUGAUCGUAUCGUCGACAAUUCAUCUUCCAGGUUAUGUUCUCUACAAUCUGAAGCUAGUGGUGAACAACGAAAACGUCUUAAAGGUGGUGGACAUAAGAUAAAAUAUGCUGAUUUAGAUGAUCCAUCUACAAUUCGACACGAGAAGAUAACGUUUAAAAAAUUAUUUCGACAAGGUGCAAAUUUAUCAACUGAAUUAAAACAUGAAGCACCAUCAAUCAAAUGGUACAGGCGGUUUAUGAUACGACAUCGAUUAUCUUUACAACGACCAAAAAGAAAUCAAAAGAUACCGUUAAUCGAAACUCAUGAACAUGCCACUUUGUUUUAUGAUUAUCUACGUGAAGCAAGCAAGUGGGGACCUAAACGAGGGCCUAUGGGUGCAUUCGUUCCACGUGAUGUGUGCAAUUUCGAUGAAUCACCCGUGGCCCUUUUUGGUGAUCAAACAAAACGAAGUAUGAACUAUGUGAAUGUUGACAAUGAAGUUGAAGGAAAUAUUUGUUCGAAAGUGAAAGAUAGCAACCCGAAGUUGUUGAUAACAUAUUCAUGUAAUUCUCAUUUGAAUCCUCUAGUAAAACAAAGCUUGCGACAGAGAAGUGUUGUUAUUGCAAUAAUUCCCAAAGGCUGCACACAAUAUUUACAGCUUCUUGAUACGCGCGUCUGCUCCAAUUUUAAAAUCCACUAUUUCAACGCAGCCGAAGAAUUUAUAGAAAAAAAUGGACCCAGGAACAAACUGAAACUCAAUGCUGCUCAAUCUAGAAUCAUAUGUACUCGUCUUACAUGGGAAGCCUGGAGGCGUACGUUAAAUUCAAUUGAUCUCAAAAAAGGCUUUACAGAAAUCGGAUAUACUUGGACAGAUUGUUCUAUUGUAUCACCUCGAACGUUACAUGGCUAUAUUUAUGAUCCUAACAAAGAAUCUCAAAUACAACCUAAUGAUCAUGAUGAUGAUAUUCAAAAUCAUAUUGCAAACGAAGCGAACCUGGCCAAUCAACAACACAUACAAGUGAUGUUAAAAAAUGGUUGUAAACAAUUGAAGUUAGAUGAAUUAUGGAAAAAAUAA